AAUGAGGCCUGCUCUCAGUAGUCAUGUGAUUGUGGGUGUGCCGAAGCAGGAAUCGAAACUGUCUCAGAACACUUCUGUUUCAAAAGAACACACUGUGUCGAGCAAACUGGGUCGAGUGUAACAUCACUGGUGUCAUUUUGAGACAGACAGAGAGAGAUUUACCUUUGUCGAAAACUCAAAACCUUCACUGGAGGGAAAACUGGAAUACUGCUACUUGCUGCUGACGCUGAAUACACAAUGGCUUCCAUAUCAGAGGAGGAUCUCUCCUGUCCUGUCUGUCAGGACAUUUUUAAAGAUCCUGUCGUCCUGUCAUGCAGCCACAGCUUCUGUAGAGACUGUCUGCAGAAAUGGUGGAGAGGAAAACAAAUUCGAGAGUGUCCAAUUUGUAAGAGAAGAUCAUCAAAGGGUCAACCACCUUGUAACCUGGUACUGAGGAACCUGUGUGAGUCCUUCAUACAGGGGAGAGCUCAGAGAGGUUCAGCAGGGUCUGAAACUCUCUGCAGUCUGCACUCUGAGAAACUCAAACUCUUUUGUGUGAACCAUCAGAGGCCGGUGUGUCUCAUCUGCAGGGAUUCAAAAACUCACAAGAACCAUAGAUUCAAACCCAUAAAUGAAGUUGCACAGGAGCGCAAAGAGGAGCUGCAGGAAUCCCUGAAGACCUUACGGGAGAAACUGAAGCUGUUUGGAAAAGUUAAAAGUAACUUUGAUCAAACAGCAGAGCACAUUAAGGUCCAGGCCGUACACACCGAGGAGCAGAUUAAGGAGCAGUUUCAGAAGCUUCACCAGUUUCUACAAGAGGAAGAGGAAACCAGGAUCUCUGCUCUGAGGGAUGAAGAGGAGCAGAAGAGUCAGAGGAUGAAGGAGAAGAUUGAGGCUCUGAGCAGAGAGAUAGCAACUCUUUCAGACACAGUCAGAGCCACAGAGGAGGAGCUGAGAGCUGAAGACGCCUCAUUCCUGCAGAACUACAAGGCUGCAGUGGAAAGAGUCCAGCAGCGCCCCCUGCUGGAUGAUCCACAGCUGCCCUCAGGAGCUCUGAUAGACCAGGCCAAACAUCUGGGCAACCUGACCUUCAACAUCUGGAACAAGGUGAAGGACAUGGUCUCCUCCACUCCUGUGAUUCUGGAUCCAAACACUGCUCAUCCAGAGCUCAUCCUGACUAAAGAUCUGACCAGUGUGAGAUGUGGAGAGAAACAGCAGCUUCCUGACAACCCAGAGAGGUUUGAAAACUUUCGUAUUGUCCUGGGCUCUGAGGGCUUUAACUCAGGGACUCACAGCUGGGAUGUUGAGGUUGGAGACAGUACUUGCUGGUUUCUGGGUGCAGUAAAAGAGUCUGUCCAGAGGAAAGGGAGGAUACGGUCCGGACUGUGGAGAGUAGGACUUUCUAAUCGUAAAUUUAGAGCCUUCUCCCCGUCAGCCUAUCCAGUUGUUCUCCAAGUGAAAAAGAGGCCUCAGAGGAUCAGAGUUAAUCUGGACUGGGAUGAAGGAGAGCUGUCAUUCUUUGAUGCUGAUACUGACACAGUGAUACACACCUUCACACACACUUUCACUGAGAAGCUGUUUCCAUACUUUUGCAAUAGUGAUGAACUCCCAAUUAAGAUUUUACCGGAUGAGGAGGAUGAGGAGGAGGAGGAGGAAGAGGAGGAGGGGGAGGAGGAGCAGGAGGAGGAGGAGGAGGAGGAGGAGGAUAAUAGCGAUGACAACAGUAACGAUUCUGAUGACUAUGAUGAUUAUUAUGAUAAUUAUUAGGUCGUACAAACAACAACCAAUUCCUUAAAGGGAAGUGCUGUGUAAAUUUAUGAAAUGUGAUUUUAUUUUAUUUGACUGUAAAUUAAUAGGCAACCAGGAGACAGGAAAAAUAUGUGAGACAAACAUGGGACAAAGCUACCAAUUUAUCUUAUUUUGCAUGUUUUUUUUCAUUUGCUUGUGUUGUGUCAUUUUGCAUGUGUUCUCUUUUUUUGAGGAGGGUUUCCACUGUGUCAUAAGGAGUGGAGAUGCACAGAUGUUUAACACUCUGGGCCUACAGUACUGGGAAUUAUUUUAUUUACCUGCUAUUUACCAGUUUGUGAGUGUCAUCAGUGAAAUGUUGUUUAAUAUAAUUGAGUAAUUUUCUUAUCAGCAUAUAAAAAAAUAUUGCAGUUGGAGUAACUUGUGUUUUCUAGUUUAUAUUGUUCUUUAUUGUUGAGGCAGUGUGAGAGAUUUUGUUUUUAUUCUGUGUAAUUUCCUUUGUUUCUAACAUUUAAUCUCCUUGAUAGGAUUUUUUCUGUAACCUGCCGUGAUUGUUUGUAGCUUCUUUUGAAGUGCAGAAUAAAAUAUGUGUGUGAAACAU